AUGCAUAACAACGAGCAACUCCCCAACCAACCGACCGGCUGCGGCCAAUUCGAUCCUCGAUUCUUGGCACAGAUUAGACGAAAUUUGUUCAGUGAGAUAGGCGCAAAUAAUGCUCAGGGUCUGUCAAAGAAUCUCCGGCAGCAACUUGAAGGCUUACCCCGAAACGUGCGGAAGGAAGUAGUGGAAGAGAUUGGUGAUCAGUGUGCGGCUCUCUUCUACGCCUGUGAGAGUGGUAAUGUUGAGACCGUUGACUAUUUGGUGAAGGUAUGCGGUGCCAGCAUCGAACAAAGAGGAAUCAGCAUGUGCAGCAUGGUGCACGAGGAAGAUUGGUAUUUCUGUACGCCCCUAGGGGGUGCCUGCGCUGCCGAGAGACUUCCAGUUGUGAAGUAUCUCCUUGAACUGGGUGCUGCCGUUAAUGGUUCGUCCGAGUGUGGUUCAACGCCGUUGCAUAUAGCAUGUGGAGUGUCGCGCAUCGACAUCGUUGAGUAUUUGGUGGAACAUGGAGCGAACGUUCGGCAACGGAACCAUAGUGGCGAAACGUGUCUCAUGUUCGCGGUUCUAUCGGAGUCGCUGUGCGGUUAUCUUAUCAGCCAAGGAGUGGAUGUGAAAGCGCGAGAUUUGUACGGGAGAACCGCGUUACAUUAUGCGAUCGAGGGAGGUAAUUCUCAAACGGUUCAAUUGUUGUUGGAACAUGGGGCCGAUCCGUUCGCUGAAACUCGUUACGGAAAUGAUCCACUGCAGACGGCAUGUCUUACGGGGGCACUUUCGAUAGCACAUUACUUCAUCAUCCGCUAUAACUACACGGCGGAAAGGUUGGCCGAUACUCUCGAACUGCUCGGAACAACAAUGAUCGAUACUUCCAACACCCAGGCAGUUAUGUAUUGGCGCCUCGCUAAUCAGCUUCGGUGGGCUGUACCCAGAUACAUUCAGAAGCGACCUGAGAUUUUACCAAGAUCCGCAUUCGAAAAUCGUGUUGAAUUUUCUACCGGCGCCGAUCUGGAUGCAAUCGCCGUGGAUGAAGAUGCGAUACGAUACCAGGGUUUGAUUAUUCUUGAGAGGAUUUUGGGAAUCGGACACGAGCAUACUAUACAAGUCAUGACAGAUGUAGGGUACCAAUAUGAGCAUUCUGUUCAACGAGACUCCCGGAAGUGCAUGGAUAUGUGGCUAUUGGCACUACAAAUGCGCGUACAAAAACAUAGCAUAUUGCAUUACAAAACUUGCACUACCGCACGGUCCAUCGUGCGGUUGAUGGAAAAUGUUUUGCAUAGAAACGUGACGCAAAAUGAUCCGAAUACGUUACGUUUCGAGGAUGUUUUCGCCAUGUUUCAACUCCUCGUAUCAAACAUACUCGAAACUAGACACUUGCUUAGUGUACAACCGAUUAGUAGGGUCCAACAGGACAACCACGACAACACAGUACGCUGUCUAACGCAUCUGAUAUAUCUCCUGCUUUCCACCGCCGGAAACCAGACUGAGCGUCGAUUGGUGGAAAGCUCUGUUCGCGAUCUGCUCCGCCAUGAUAUACGAUGUGUACGCACCAAUGAAUCGCUGCUACAUCUGUCCGUGUCGAGGCUGAAAAUGCUUGAAUCCGAAUAUGUUGUGGACAAGAGUGGUACGGUGGGUAUAUUCCCCAAUGUAAACGUAACGAAUUUGUUGCUGGAGUGCGGAGCGGACGUCGAUGCUUUCGAUCGUACCAAAUCAACCCCACUACAUACCGCUUGUUUACCGUUAAACCAUGAUAGAGAAGUCGUCCGCGCACUCGUUGAGCACGGUGCCCAUCUGGAUCGACCGAACCUAUAUGGCGACAGCCCGGCAUCACUGCUUGCGGGGAAUCUCGCGAACGACGUUGUUCUAGGCAAGCACAUCUCGCUCAAAUGUAUCUGCGCGAAUACGGUCGUUGGGAGUGGUAUCCCGUAUCAAGGAAUAGUUCACCGCAUGCUAGAGGGCUUUAUCCGAGCGCACGAGCCGGUAUGA